GUGCGGGAGAUCGAAGGAGACCUGAGCCAGCUGGAGUGGAGGGGACGGUUCCUGCCGCGGCCUGUGUUUGUCCCCGAGCCAACUCAAGGGAAGUGUUCAGGUCUGCGGGAGGCUGUACCGAGCAAUGAGACCAGCACAGAAAAACCACGGGAGGAGCCGGACACCUCCGAACCAGAACGGGACUGGGGCUGCAGCAGUGUGAAACCUACAGCCCAGCUGCAAAGUGAGAAAGAAAUGAGCUCCGUGGCUGAAGGUGAUGUAGCAAACCCCCCAAAUCUCAGGGCUGAUGCCAAUAAAUGCACUGAAAAGGGGUGCAGCGCCCCAGCAGAGAGAGAGGACCGGCAGAAUGACAGCAACGUGUCCGCUGUGUGGGACAGCGCUGUCCUGGAGGCAGAGUCCCUGGAAGCCAGCCUGGAAAUUCCGCUUGAGGACAUAAAGGAUCUUCCUCAAACUCGGUCUGGUCUCCAGUCCUACAGAAAUCACUUGAUCAUGGAGUUGCUGUGGUUGCAACAAGCUAUCGUCAGCCGUAAAAACUACUUGAUGCUGAAACAGAGGCUGGGCACUCCUGACCCGUAG